GCUAUAAUGAGCAGCUUCUUAGACUACUCGGUGAUGAGCGGCGAAGGUGGCUCAUGCUCUGUCAGGGCUUACCACUCGGACCACGGGAUUACAACUUUUCAGUCCUGUGCAGUCACUGUCAACAAUUGCGGGACUGAUGAUCGCUUCAUGGGGAGCAAGGCUUCCCCUGACGGCAUCUCUCAUCAGCCGGGGUCAUACCAGUCUAAUGCGAGCUCUCUGGGUCUCGCCUAUGGAGCCCAUCCGGCCUGCAGCUCCAGCUAUGGACCCCAAAGUUUCUGUGCUACGUAUAAUCAUUACGCGCUCAACCAGGAAGUAGACUCCUCAGCGGGAUUCCCCCAGUGCGGCCCACUGAUGUACUCGGGUAACAUUUCCUCCUCCAUGGUCUCUCAGCAUCGUCAAGGUUACAGUGCCGCCCCCUUGGGUCAACUGCAGUAUGCCCAUGCUGCCUACGGCGGCGGGCACGAGCAAGCAGCCCCUUUUCCUGGGUGCUCAAACCCGCUGUCACCACUGCACGCAGCUCACCUCGACGCUUGUUGUUCACCUUUGUCUGAGGGCGCAUCUUCUGCACAGACUUUCGACUGGAUGAAAGUCAAGAGAAACCCUCCAAAAACAGGCAGGUCUGGGGAGUACGGUUAUGGGGGUCAGCCGAACACGGUCCGAACCAACUUCACCACCAAGCAGCUGACGGAGCUGGAAAAGGAGUUCCACUUCAACAAGUACCUGACCCGUGCGCGGCGCGUUGAGAUCGCAGCCGCGCUGCAGCUGAAUGAGACUCAGGUGAAAAUCUGGUUCCAGAACCGCAGGAUGAAGCAGAAGAAGAGAGAGAAAGAAGGGCUGCUGCCGGCCAAAGCUCCGUCCUCAGACCCGGGAGAAAGCAGUCAAGAGAAAAUGGAUGAUGGAGCAUCAGAGAAAUCUAUCUCACCCCCCUCUACUCCGUCUCCCACAUCCUCCACGGCGUCUGAUCCUUACUCCUCCAACUAAGAACCAACUGCCCCUUUACCUAUUCGGGCCGCAUGGCGGCCUGUAUGUACCAAAGCUCAUCGCCAGUGUAUCAAAGACAGAGUCCUGUUGAUGGAUGACAAAUGUGUACAUUUAGGAAGGAUUAAUGCACUAUGUGAAACUUUGGACAAUAAUAUGGACCAUUUCUGAGUUAUAGAUUUGUUUUAUAUAGUGUAUUGUUUUCGGAAGAACGAUGACAUUGCUGUCCAAACAAAUAGGGCGAUGGUUGAAAAUGUGUCCUUUCUUUUGAAAUUUGACGUUAAAUACGCGUUCCACCACGACUAUGAUGGUGCAAAAGACAUCCAGCUCCUUCCUUACACCUGCUCCUGACCAGUGCGGCUGGAUGUGCCAAUGUAAAGUCACAAAGCUGCCCACACAAACAAAUACCUCAAAUGUGCCAAAGUUGUGGGUGAUUGAAGUGGAUGUGGUCAAGGAGGCAUCACACAAUCAAAUAGAUGACCUCGUUUAUUAAUCGUUACAGAGUGCAUUGUCAUAAUACCUCCUUAAUCACUGUCACCUCUGUGUUUAAGGCCUGUGUGUUUGUGUGCCACGACUGGUUGAAUGUAUAUUUUGUGAGAAUCGCAUGAUGCGUAAUGCUUUCAUGUAUUAUUAGCGGGGCGCUGAGUUUUAUCAGUUGGGGAACUGGUCAUGUAAGGCCAUGUAU